UCGGUCAUGUGAUCAGCUGUGUCCAAUCACAGCUGGUUGCAUCUGUCACGCUGACAGCUUGGGACAUGUACACUGAUCGUCAGGGCACCGAUGAUCAGUGUGUCCUGCUUAUCAGUGUAGCCCCAGCAGUGCCACCUGUCAGUGUCCAUCAAUACCAGCUGUCAGCGCUCAUCAUUGCCAGCUGUCAGUGCUCAUCAAUGCCAUCUGUCAGUGCCCAUCAGUGCCACAUAUCAGUGCCCACCAGUCCACAUGAAUGCAACAUAUCAGUGCCCAUCUGAGCUGCCUUUCAGUGUCACCUAUCAGUG